AUGGCCGACCUAAAAUUUCUCUUUUUGGCAAUAGCCCUCUGUAUCGCCUUGGUAGCUGGUAAACCUCUUCAGGAGGAAGAAGAAAUUGAACCAUCCUUGAGACUCGAUGGUCGCAUUGUUGGUGGCUAUGCUGUGGAUAUUACCCGGCACCCUCAUCAGAUAUCGCUGAGACGUAAGGGAUGCGACGAAUGUGCCUAUUCGCAUACCUGUGGCGGAAGUAUUUACAGUGAGAGUGUCAUUGUGACAGCAGCCCACUGUGUCCGCAACCGUUUGGCGGAACAAUUUAUUGUUGUUGCUGGUACCAGCAGACGUAAUGGUGUCGAUGGUGUUGUAGUUCGGGUAUCGAAAAUCGUAAUGCAUGAGAAUUAUAUCCAUGAAUUUUAUGAUAACGAUGUGGCUUUGCUGAUUUUGGCCACACCCUUGCCAUUGAAUGGCAUAACCAUCUCACCCAUUGAAUUGGCCACGGAGUUGCCACCAACGGGCGCAAAAACUGUCAUUACUGGUUGGGGCACAACUGCAUCAGGUGGUGUCGCUUCCGAUCAACUAUUGGCUGUUGAGGUACCCCUUGUAAGCAAUGAAGUAUGUGAAGCUCGCUAUACAGUCUACUAUGGUCCAGGACGUAUUCGGGAUAGUAUGUUGUGUGCCGGUUUGGAUGGUGUUGGUGGAAAAGAUGCCUGCCAAGGUGAUUCUGGCGGUCCACUUGUGGUCAAGGGCAAAUUGACUGGUGUGGUUUCCUGGGGUCUUGGUUGUGCAAGGUCUGACUAUCCUGGUGUCUAUUCCAGUGUACCAUAUUUGAGAGAAUGGAUAUUGGAAAAUGUGGCAGCUAAUGCUUAA